AUGAAAUUCUUCGAGAAUGUCUUCACCUACGACUACUCCUUCCCGGCCGUGUCGCUGGCCUACUUCCUUCGCUAUCCCAACCCUUAUUCUCGCCAUGUGUUGACCACCGAUGUCAUUGACCGUUACGUCGACCCGACGACCCAGCGUCUCCACACCACUCGUCUCCUUCUCAAGAAAUCCAAGGUUCCCUCGGGAAUCCUCAAACUCCUUCCCAAGGGGAUUGGCGGCUCAGACAAUUCCGGCCAGAGCUAUAUCCUCGAAACGACUGUCGUCGACGCCAAAGAGGGUUGGAUGCAGACGGAAUCUCGUAACAUGGAAUGGACCGGGAUAUUGAGCGUGGUCGAGAGACAAUUCUAUCAACGCCAGCCCCAUGAAGGUCCACUCGGCACGCUGGAAGGGCUUUCGCUCGAUGACAAAAAAAGCGAACAGACUACGGUGCGCACCACAGUCACUUUCCGCUCCAAAUUCGGGCAAGGAAAAUUGCUAGGUAGAAGGAAGACCGAGCCGAGUAGCGACCACACCGGGGAUUAUGAAGAAGAAGCUCCGAAAAGAGGCCUUUUCACCUCCCUGUCCACUGCGGGAAUCCAACGCACAAUUGAGCUGAUUGGAUUGAACCGCACCCGGGAUGCCGUGCUCAAGAGCAAGCAGGGCAUGAAUGUGGUUCUCGAGCGCUUGCGUAAUGGCGGUAUUGUGGGUGUUCUUGAAGGGAUGCGUCAAGAUCGAGAGGCAGCGUUCGGACCGGAGGGUGGUCCCUGGAAGCGAGUUUGGCUAUCCGGCCAUGGGCAUGCGUCUAUUCAAGAUGACGACAAUUGA